UUUAUUGAUUCUCGUCUUUCCUCAUUGGACUUCUAAGAAAGGACAGUAGUUUCUGUGUUUCUCCAGCUUUCAUUUUUGUCAGUAGGAAGGACAAGAAGGAACAAUGUGUGGGUUUCAGGCACACCCACACAUUCUUCACUAUCAGGACCAACUCCCUUAGCCUUGAAAACUUAAAAAAUGUCGUUUUUAUGGUAGCAUACCUUCCUCUGCUGCAUUGUUUCAUGAGAAUUCUCUGCAACAAGCUGUCUGAGCUCUUCUUGCUGUUUGUUCAAUGGCUUUGACUUUAUGCUGCAAUUUGUCUUGGGAGGCUUCCUUUAGCAAGGGAAGUUGGUGUCUUUGAUUCUCAGUUCUCCACAUGGGUUCCUUGGUUUUUAAAAUUACAAUGUGGCUUUGAUUCCAAUUUUGUCCUUUGAUGGCUUUGGCUACUAGUCUUCACUUUUGCAUCUCUUGACUUGUCUUGCACAUUUUGUGAUCAGAACUAGGCAGACUUUUCCUGCUUUCACCCUUAAACAUGAAAAUGGGAACAAAGAAUGUGUGGCACUCCUUUAUGCCUCUUCAUUUCAGGGGCAAAUCAACCACCAGCUUUUGCAUUUUCCCCAAAGUUAAGUCUGCAGGCUAUAGCCCAGGCAACUCACCUGUCUACCUCAAUGUGUAUGACUUGACAACCAUUAAUGGCUAUGUCUACUGGGCAGGUUUUGGAGUCUUUCACUCUGGGGUGGAAGUUCACGGUGUAGAAUAUGCCUUUGGAGCCCAUGACUAUCCAUCAAGUGGUGUCUUUGAGGUUGAACCUCGACAGUGUCCUGGUUUCAAGUUUAGGAAGUCAAUAUUCAUGGGGACAACAUCCUUAGAUCCAUUUCAGAUUAGAGAGUUCAUGGAACGUCUGUCUGCAAACUACAAUGGUGAUAUGUAUCAUUUGAUAGUUAAAAACUGCAAUCAUUUCUCUGAGGAUAUGUGCUACAAGCUGACUGGGAACUCAAUUCCAAAAUGGGUAAAUCGACUAGCAAGAAUAGGUUCACUUUGCAAUUGCAUACUCCCAGAGGCCCUUAAGGCAACCACAGUAAGACAUGAACAUAAUUUCCAAGAAUGUGAUAAUGAAAAGAAGAGACUAAGAAGUGGCUUCAGCUGCUGGUCAUCAAUCUCAAUGCCUCAGAGGGAAGUAUCUCUGUCUUCAUUGUUUCUACAUUCUCACUAUAAAGGCUGCCUACCACCAUGGGAGUUAAAGAGGUCCAAAAAAGGUUCACUGAAGGAAGGUUAAAAUGACAACAUCUACAUAUGCUUUGACAAAAUGGAAGGAUUACCUGUUGCCACUACGCAAUUUUCCGGAAUUGGGCAAUAUCAACAUUUCCCAUUGUCCAUGAUCCUGCUGGAAGUAAAGUCUGUACCAGUUUGUUUUUUUGAAAGCAAAACGGGGGCUUCGCACUUCUCAUCAUGUUUUCUGCUAAGCUGCAUCUUUGGCAUUUGCUUGCUUUCUUUGUGAGAUUGUAUUUUGAUACUGUGCAUUCAUAUUUAAAUAGCUGGAGAUGAACCAAUGUAGAUUAUUAUGUUGCCUUA